CUUCUAUUUCAGUCAGUCUUAUUGGUUUAAACUCACCUCAACCUGAGCAGAGGUAAAUCUAAUCAGCCCGAACAAGUGAAACACCUGUGCAGACGGUCAAAAACUCCAUACUACAGUUUGUAAUGACAGGUCGGGACAAGCCGUAAUGGACACCCCGGCCGCAACACCCCGGAGAGAUUUCUAACGGUGGAUCACAUCCUGGCCUCGCAAGAACCCGAACCGUGGCUCUAUUUAUUUUCUAUGACACAUCCAAUUUAUGCCCAGCUAGAUUCGGUAGAAUCGCUGUUGGAGGAACUCCCAUAUAUGUUUUAUCUGGGCCUGUUCUUUGUGAACGUCCUGAUCCUCUAUUAUGCCUUUCUGAUGGAGUACAUCGUCCUGAAUGUGGGGAUAGUAUUUCUGCCUGAGGAUAUGGACCAGGCGCUGGUGGACCUAGGGGUGCUGUCCGACCCGGCCUCCGUCCCCUAUGACACAGACACAGAGCUGGAUGUGUUUGAGGGGUAUCUUGAGUGACACAGCUGUCCUGCAGGAAGACAAACGCAUUUAAGUAUUGAUGGUGACGAUGCAGAGAUCCAGGGCAGAUUGGACCAGCGUGAACACUCCCUGGUCAGAAUCAAGGAGAGAAAAUGCCUCAAAGCGGAUGUUGCUGCCUUUUCGUCACAAAGACAUAUCAAUGAAAAAGUUGUCUUGGCUCAAGGAAAGGUAACCCAAGGAAGAUCAGCACCACCGGCCACAUGAUCAGCGAAGGUCCCGUGUCGUGCAGUCAGUCUGUUACCACUCUAAUUGACUCGGGUUGGACACCAUGGAGUUGGCACUGGCAUCUGUGUCCUUCACAUUGGACACAUAGAAAGGAAAAAGGAAGCACAAUGUGCUCUCAGCAGAAAGACAGCUGUGGAUAUAUACCGCAAAUGUGGAGCAUGACUCUGCAUUGCAGCCAGGUCACAUACAGUAGCAGGAUGUGAACCGCUGAGAACAAUUACCCAAAAUGAGCAAGAUCUGAUUGCUGACUGCUGAAGAAAGUGAAUAUAAAUAUUGCCGUCACAGUGUGAUGUCCUGCACAGUGUGACCUCUCAGAAGAACUGGCAAACAGCAGGAAGCAAUGUUCACUCUACGUCUGUUGCAUACUUAAUAUUUUCACAGUACAACUUCUUUCUUUCUAUGUUUUUUUUAAGUUUCAGAACACACAAAGCAUUGCUGCUUUUGCUGGCUCACGCAUCCUUGAAGCAUUAUUUAAAUAUAUAUUUCGGGGUCAUCCAUGCUGUUUGUGUGCUUCAGGCAUGUACACACUCUCAGGGUGCACAGGCCCUCUGGGUGCUCUGGACACAGGCUGUAAAAGUAAAGAAAGGAUAUAGGAGAGCCUUCAUUUUUAUUAUCUCGCUUAUACAUCUGAAACACCCUACUAGCCACACUCUUCACUGUAAUGCAGGAAGUAUUAAAUCAUCUAGGAAGAGUUACUUAUUUAACACUUCUGAUAAUCUAUACACAGGUUCAUACAUGUUUAAUUUUGUAUUAGAAACUGAGGUCACCCAUGGCCAGAUGUGUCAAACUGUUAUCAGCAUGGGCCGUAUCAAAGACAGAACCCUGACGUGAAACUCAGAAGUGCUUCAGUUAUUCUUUUAUUUGUUGCAUCCAUGUUUUGUUGUUACAAAAUGACACAGAAAUGACUCCACGCAUGACAUUUGUGUGGUUUGAAUUGGUUCGUUCUCAAAAGGAUCUUUUAUUACACUUGUUUUAUGUUCAGUAAUUAUGAAAUCAGUAAAGAGACAUGUAUAUUCUUGGCAGCAAUAAUGAACAGGAUUCAAGCAAUGAGGCAAUUCGCUACUAGAUAUGUGUAAGCCUUGAAGGCGCUGUACACUGAACAUUGAUUUUUGAGGCAAUAAAGAGGAAUCAGUAUUUUCUCUGCACACGACUGCUGUCUGCCAGAAUUAGAAAAUGUUGCUAGCAGGCGAUGUACUCAGAAAUGAGGUUGUUUUCCACAGAAUAAGGGAAGUGAGAUAUCCACCAAAUAACUAAAGAUCUAGAGACAAAUAACUAAAUAUUUGCACUUCCAUGUUUCUUACUCUAGACAAAGCUUUAGUCAAGAAUCGAAAUGCCUUACUGUCUCAAUUGAAAACAUUCUACGAGACCACGUUUCACUAAAUUGCAUACAUUGGUAUUUCUGUUAUAUUUCUGGAUAAUAAUUGAUCAGAAACAGCAUUUAGUUUACGCUAUACUAAAGCUCAGGAUACUAAUAUUUAGGAAAAUAUAGGAAUUGUAAAAUCAAACCACAUCAUGCUGGAGGUAGAGGGUUUUAACAGGCUGAGCAGUCCGUUACGUAAAUCAAAUAUUAAAGGCUCCCUAUAUUUUAACAAUCAAUUGCAAGUGAAGCUGUCAUAUUGGGAGGCUCUACGUUUGUAUGUGCUCUGUGAGGAAGUCUUUAGUGGUAGUUGCAGGUAUACGACACUGCCGUUUCCCAGGCAUGAUAACACACUGUGGUUCUGAGCAACUCUGCUAACGUCUUAGUUUAGUACAAACCCCAUGAGCGACAACCAGCCUUCACCAUCCACGUCUACUUCUGUAAAGACAUGCACAUGCUAUAAUAAGCUUUGGAUCGUAACAAGAGUUUUAUUUUCCAACGUGCGUUUAAUAAACUAUGAGCGAAUGCCAA